UACAUAGUCGAACGUGCGCUAAAUACGAAUUACACGAAUAAACGGCUUGAGUCUAUUCAGUAGUAUUUGACGUACAGUACCUAUUAUUAUAGUCAGUACUAUAAUUGUACUUAUGCUGUAUGGUUCUUAGUUGGAACACCUACAUUAAUCGCGUGCGUUUCUAUAAUUUAUUUUUCUUUAAAUCGAUUCAAAUCAUUCUUUUUCACUAAAGUACCUAUAAUAAUAAUACGACAGUCAAUUUUCAGACAGAUCAUAACACUCAGUGGGGAAAAUGGAAGUCGUCAUUGAACAAGGUGCUCUAAAAGGACUUCAAAAAAAAACGCUAUUGUCAAACAAACCUUACGUCAGUUUUCUAGGCAUACCCUACGCUCAACCACCCGUUAACGACUUAAGAUUUAAGGCUCCUGUCAAACAUCCCGGAUGGUCUGGAGUUUUAAAUGCUGUUUCAGAAAGAGACAAAUGCACGCAGUACGUUUUUAUGACGAAUCACAUCGUUGGAAGUGAAGAUUGCUUGUACCUAAAUAUAUCGGUGCCACAGCAGAACGAAUUGAAUGGAAAACUUGCUGUUAUGAUAUUCAUACAUGGAGGUGCCUUUAACUAUGGCAGUGGGUCAAUGAAUGAAUAUUCUCCCGAUUAUUUUAUCGACGAAAACGUGAUUGUCGUCACAAUAAAUUAUCGUCUAAACGCCCUAGGAUUUCUAAACUUGGAUAUUGACGAGUGUCCUGGAAACGUGGGCUUGAAAGAUCAACUAUUUGCAAUCAAAUGGGUUAAAGCGAAUAUAGCUGCAUUUGGGGGUGAUGUAAACAAUAUCACCAUAUUCGGUGAAAGUGCAGGAUCAGCGUCUGUUCAUUAUCACACAAUAUCACCACAAUCCAGAGGUUUAUUCCAAAAAGCAAUUAUGCAAAGUGGAAGUGCCUUUAACCCUUGGGCGUUUACUGAAAAUCAUAAAGCUUCAGCCUAUAAGUUAGCCAAAAACUUAGGAUGUUUAAGUAAUGAUCCCAAAGAAAUACUAAAAUACUUAAAAAAUGUAUCAGCGAUUGAUUUAGUGAAAGAAACUGAAUUCAAGGACGAAACAGAUUUUAUGGAUUACAAAUUUGUCCCAUCUAUUGAAAGUGAUGUGAUCAGUAAUCCAUUUUUACCAGCUCACCCUAAAACUUUAGCCACCUCUACAUUUCCAGUACCCGUAAUCAUUGGAGUUAACAAUAUGGAAGGAAUUGUAGCAUUAACUGAGGAUAGAAUAAGUCUAUUUUCCGAUGAUCACCACAUUACAGAUGAAAUUUCAAAACUAUUUAGAAAUCGGUACAGUACUGAAACUAUAAGUAAAAUAAAAAAUUUUUAUUUUAAUAAAAGUAAUAUCAGUUCUGAAACAAUGAAGUUGGAAAACAUAUGUAACUUGCACAGUGAUGUAUUUUUUUUCAACGGCGUUUAUGAAACCUUCGAUUGUUUUUUGAAGCAAAAUGGUUCACCAGUUUAUGAAUACGAAUUUAAAUUUGACGGGGAACUUAAUGGUGCAAAAAACAUGAUUUUUGCGACGAGACCAAUUCUUCGGCACGCAAUAAAAGGCGCAUGUCAUGCGGACGAUGUUAAUUAUUUUUUCCGUGAUCUAUCUGGGGUAGAUCCAAAACCCAACUCUCCGGAACUUGAAAUGUGUAAAAUGAUGUGUAAAAUGUGGACAAAUUUCGCAAAGACAAGUAAUCCCAAUUCACCGGAUUUAAGUUUCAAGUGGAUUAAUGCGACCGCAUGUGAUUUAAAAUAUCUGUCAAUAGAUGGAGACAGAACAUGUAUGAUCCAAGGCAUGAUGAACAAUAAAAGAUUUCGUUUUUGGAAAGAAUUAUCUGAAUCCAUUGUUUAGUUAAAAAUAAUGUCCUAGAUUGUAUUUCGUAAUUGAUUAAUAAUUAUUACUUUUUAACAUUAAAUAGUGUAUAAAAACCUAUAGCAUUGAUUAAUAACAUUUAUUUUUGGAAUAAUUUACUUAAUGUUGUAGUCUUAUAUUUAGAAGAAAAAUAACACUACUAACUAUUUUUUUUUUUUUGUAGUUUAAAAAAGAUUUAUUCUAAAGAAUUGUGUAUCUUAUCAAUUACAGAUUAAUAAAUAAAUUUCUAAAUUUAAUAUAUAAUUUUUGCUAUAGGUACCUAGUAUGAUUUAUUCAUAAAAAUAUUCAAUAAAUAUUAUACAAAUUUAA